GCGAACUUGCUUCCGUAAAGCUUCCGCGGCCCGGCAGGCUGGCCCGGCGCGACGAAAGAGGAAGGGCGCGGAGGUUGAUCUGGUCCGUGCUUUUUGCGCCCGCCAUCUGGACCGCGAGUGCCGUCUUUGGGCUUCGGACCGCGAGCACCAUCUUUGGUGUGGCGACGCCGACACCAGCGCGUUCAUUAACCCAGCGCUUCUCCUGCCCCACUCGACCACGACAGCCCGACACACGGGACGCAUACCCACACCCGACGCAUACCCGCAUCCAUAUCCCCCUCCUGCCACCAUGUUCUCGCAACUGAGCACCAACUUCUACCCGACCAUAUUACAGCCGCAGACGGUGCACCGCGGCACGGCGCCGCCCAACGCGCUGCCAGCAGAGCGCGCGCCGUGCCUCAUCGGGCGGCCGGUACACUUCGCGCAUGGCCCGUUCGCCGGACGUACCAUCCGCGCGUCGCUCGACGAGAUCCAAGCAGCACAGCUCGGCCGCAAGGUCGACCGUCGCCCGCUCGACCCGCCGCCCGCCGUGCGCCUCCGGUUGUUCAACGUGUACAACGCGGGGACCGAGCAGCAGACCGAGGAGGAGUUCGAGGAGUACGGGGACACGCUGGGACUGGGGUUUGUGUGCACCCUAGAUCUGUUCCCGCUGCCUGAGGGAUCCUCAUGCCAUCGUUCGCCCGGGCCAUAUGCGGAGCCGCCUGUGCACCGCGUCGGCGGGUGUGCGAUCUACGAGAGCGAGAAGGCGACGAAUGCGCUCGUCGGGUCGACUUUCGUCCAGCCGACGUGUGUUACGUUCGAGGGGAGGAGUACAUUGGUCUUCGUGUUCUCGGACCUGGCCGUGAAGUACGAGGGCGAGUUUUUGCUGCGAUAUAGGGUGUUCGACUUGUUCUCCCUGCCGCGAGGACACCGGGAUAUCGCAAUACAGGCGGAGUGCUAUGGCGCGGCCUUCCGAAUAUACACGACGAAAGACUUCCCAGGACUCCCGCCAUCAACGGCUCUAACGAAGGAACUGGCACGAGUCGGGGUGCGUCUAAGUGUGCGCGACACGGGCAAGAAGGCGACGACGAAGCGAAGGAAGCGGAGCGACAGCUUUGACGAGGAUGAUAGUAGCUAACGAUGCUGAUGCGCGACGUGCAUACGUCUACGACCGGGCAGGCAGUCGCGAUCGCUGCCUCGCCAUAUACCAGGGUACAUCGAUUAUACCCUUCGAAUACGCCUGAGGGCUAGAUGGGUCCUACGGCACCCUGCUUACAAGAGCCAUGGGCCCCGCAGCGGCUGCUACUGGAGGGGAUCGACGAUGGAGAGCUGAUCGAUCCUCGCGAAUGUGGCAAAGCCGUACAGGAGGGUACGAUGGAUCAAUAUAACACUAGAUGAUGGGAUAAUAGAAGAGGUCAAUAGCGGCGGCUUGAAUACAUGUACUUACCGAUUGUGAUCUUCUUGUGGACGCUGUGUAGUCGGAUAUGAUUGUUAGAUACGCGCUUGUACUUCCUCCGAGCAUUUUUGGAAGUCAUUGUUUUUUGAGGCCAUUGUUCUUUCGGUCUGAUCGCUUG